CAUAGAUCCUCCUGUUAAUGCCUUUAGCUUGACACGGAAACACAUCACAACCAAACAUUACACCGUACCUUUAGCAGGAGCAAUAUAAUAACUCUGUGAAUUAGUAUUAUUUCAUACUUUCUGUCAGAUUAACAUUUAAUGUUGUUGUUCUUCCGGUUAUUUUAACCGUGAGCCGUACACCGGGGGAAGAAGAGGCUUUGUUACCGGACACGGUGGAGUCAAACAUGGAGGAUAUGUAUGUUAAACCAGGAAACCAGGAGCGAGGAUGGAACGACCCCCCUCAGUUCUCAUACGGCCUCCAGAAGGCCCAUGGACCACAGAAGAACCUCCUGAACAAGAGAGUGGCUCCACCUGCAGUGACAGGUUCAGGAGCUUCUCCCAUGACCCCUCCUUCCUUCAAUCCUCUGACUCCACCCCCAAUCGGUGCAGCCCCGCCCCCUCUGAAUCCAGCUGGUCCUCCUCCUCCUCCUCCACCUCCAGGCUGUGUGGCCACUCCCCCGCCUCCUCUAGGGCCAGUGAGAAGUAAGAGAGAGGCAGACAGCAGCCAAUCAGAGUCUGAGCCUGAUGUAGAGGCUGUGCUGUCAGUGUUGAAGAAGGCACUCGCUGCCUGCAGACAGAGCAUUAAAGAGCAGGUGUGUAAUGAUGUGGGGAAGAGGCUCUGCCUGCUGGAGGACAGCUGGAGGGCAGGUAGGCUGAGCCUACCUGUCAGGAGACGCAUGGACUGCCUGUCUCACGAGUUACAGUCAGGUCGUUGGGACUCGGCCGAUGACGUCCAUCGUUCUCUGAUGGUCGAUCAUGUGACUGAAGUCAGCCAAUGGAUGGUCGGCGUCAAACGGCUCAUCGCAGAGACCCGAAAACUGAGUCCAGAACUCUUAAAGGCUUUUCUGAGCCUGCUGAACUGGACAAGGUCUGCAGAACCAGACCAGGACUCUGCAGAACCAGAUCAAGAAUAUGAUGAACCAGACCAGGACUCUGCAGAAUCCGACCAGGACUGUAAGGGACCUGUCAAGGACUCUGAGAAACCCAUCCAGGAUCCAGUCUCUGAACCCUGACUCUGUUAGCCCUGCAGGAUUCCGGUUUGGCCCUGGACUUUAAAUGGAGUUCCCCCUGAAGAGGGCUCUGCAGAGGGAGGUGGAUUCAUAUGUUUACACAGUGUUGGCUCUACUGGUCUCUGGACCUGUACCCGCCUCUCCAGCCCCUGCCUGGAGUACCAGGAGGUUUUCUAUCUUAUCACUAUGGUAACACAGCAUUAAAGCUCUGUGAUUGAUUGAUUUUAUGAAACAUGUAUUACUCAAUGAAUAUAAGCUAUGUGUGUUUCCUUUAACUCUUAACAGUAACAUCCCUCUGCCAGUAACAACAGAACUUAAACCCAGACAGGAUUCAACAUGAACCAAUCAGAGCUCUGCUAGGUGUCACCUGUCAGUCAGCUCACCUGGAACCAGAAUACAAACAACAAGAAAAAUCAGAACCGGAAAAUAUCACCAAAAGGACGUGUGCAAAAUGUUUUAUUGUUACAUUAGAAUCAUUUUAUCCCAAAGUCAUUCUUAUUGACACCUGGACAGGUGUGUUUGACAACUGGACAGGUGUGUAUGACACCUGGAUAGGUGUGUUUGACACCUGAACAGGUGUGUUUGACACCUGGAUAGGUGUGUUUGACACCUGAACAGGUGUGUUUGACACCUGAUAGGUGUGUAUAGCUCUGGCGGAAGCAGUAAUGGGGUAUAGAUUGUUCAAACUUGAAGUCAGAAGGAGGAAGUUAUUUCCUGCCUCCUGUUAUUUGGGUCGGCCAUGUUGGCCCUGUAAACACCUGUAUCUCAGUUGAGGUGAGUUUUGUGCUGCCGGCUGUUUGUUUCUGAUGCAGGAAUAAAACCUCUCUCUUCAGCUGAA